AUGUUCUCCUCGUCGAAUUCUUUCCUCGGCGGCGGUGCCGCUGGUCGUCCAGGCCAGGCACCGUUCAUGCAGCAGCAGCAGCCGCAGCAGCCCUCAUAUUCGCAAUUCGGUCAGGGCCAGCAGCAAGCUCCGAUGCAGCAGCCGCAGCCAACAGGGUUUGCGCCUCAGCCCACGGGAUUCGCGGGACAGCCUUCGCCAUUUGGCAGCGCUCAGCUUCAACCCCAAGCCACGGGGUUCCCCGCAAGUCAGCAGCUCCAGCCGCAGUUUACCGGCUUCCCUGGCCAACAACCGCAGCAACAGCAACAACAACAACCGCAGCAGACAGGAUACCAACAACCCCAGCUUACUGGAUACCCCGGUCAAACCCAGUCGCAGCAACCAGCUCCUCAAUUCCAAUUAUCGCAACCUACUGGCCUCCCUAGUCGGCCCAAGACCUCGUCCGAGAUUGCCAAUUCCUUCCAAGCAGAUGGCGGGCAACGUCCUCAGGUUCCGCCAAAAUCAGGAUCGCGGAUCCCUAGUAUCCGGUUGUCGUUCAUCACUGCCCAGGAUCAAGCCAAGUUCGAGCAGUUGUUCAAGUCCGCGGUUGGCGAUAGCAAGACAAUGGAAGGUGACAAGGCGAGAGAUUUGCUGAUGCGCUCCAAGCUCCCUGGUAGCGAUCUCUCCAAGAUCUGGGUCCUUUCCGAUUCGACCAAGUCGGGCCAGCUUUUCUUCCCGGAAUUUGCCUUGGCCAUGUAUCUUUGUAACGUUCGUCUGAACGGUCGCGAAAUCCCCUCGACUCUGCCCGAGAAAAUCAAGAAUGAGGUCUCCAGUAUGGUCGACAUUAUUUCAUUCGAUGUGCCCGACGAACAACUCGACUCUGCACCCCGCACCAACGUUCCUAGUUUCGAUGCACCUCUGCUGGAGAAUAAGUCAACCCCUCCAAUCGUUCAGCAGCCUCAGCCCCAGCAGCCCGGCAAUCAACAGCUUCUCUCGCAGCUUACUGCCCAGCCGACUGGGUUCUUCCCUCAGCCGACUGGCGUGCCGCCUCAGCAGACGGGCUACCCCAGUCAGAACCAAUCUCAAUUCCUGCAACCACAGCAAACUGGCUUGAUGAACAACCCCCAAGCUACAGGUUAUACUGGACUGCGUCCACCGAUGCCGCCGAUGCCGACUGGAUUUGGCUCAAGUGUCAGCCCUUCACAGACCGGUGGAUUGGCCGCCCAGCCUACAGGUAUCAUUGCUCAGUCCACGGGUAUGCCAGGCCAAUGGGGCUCUAUCAACAUACCUGCACAGGGACUCCCCAAUCUUGGAGGUAUGAAGCAGCAGACGAUACCUCCACCCGGUCAUGGGAGUGGGUUCGUCAGCGAAAAAUAUUUUGGCAAAUCCACUAUUUGGGCUAUCUCGAAGGACGAGAAGAGGCUCUAUGAUAAUAUCUUUCGUGAAUGGGAUAGUCGUCGCACCGGAUUUGUGAGUGGUGAGACCUUCAUUGAGAUGAUUGGACAAUGUGGUCUGAGCCGCAACGACUUGGAGCGAAUCUGGACGCUUGCAGACCCCCACAACCGUGGUCGUCUCAACAUGGACGAGUUUGCAGUGGCUAUACACCUGACCUAUCUCGCUCGCAAUGACCACCCUAUACCCAACCGCCUCCCUCCAGAGCUCGUUCCUUCGUCUACUCGGCAUCUGGACGAGUCCAUCGGCACUGUGAAGUCCCUUUUGUCUCAGGAUGCCGAGAACCGCAAAGCUACUGGUGCGUUCUUGCAACCCCAGAAAACUGGUGUCAGCUACCUCAAAGAUCAUUCUUUCCGUGCGGGUAGCCCUGGUUCGUCUGGCAUGGUCCGCAAGGAUGCUACGAUGUUCAAAAACAACGAUGCUGCUGGUGGCUAUCGCUCCAGUGCACGUCGCCGCGUGGGCCAGGAUGGACGAACUCCGUCCCCUGCGCCCUCAUCCCAGGCGUCCGAGACGGAGGAGCUGACUGUGCAACAACUCCAAAAGAAGAUCCGCGAGGCGAAAAUCAUGCUCGAUGCCGUGGAUUUCCAGGAUGAGAACCGCGCUGAGGACGACGAGUCUCUCGACCGCAUGGAUCGCCGUGAGGCCGAGAGCCUAAUGGAUCGUAUUCGUCGCGUUCAAGACGAUAUCGACACUCAUCCUAACGCUGCCUUCCGUGGCUUGGACAACGGAGCCGAGCGACGAUCCCUUCGUCGCCAAUUGCAGGCUUACGAGGAUCAGGUUCCUCAGGUUGCCUCGGAUGUUCGACGGAUUGAGCGUGAGAUUGCCGAUGCCAAGCUCGAGCUUUUCCGCCUCAAGGACGCCAAGGCUCAUCCAGGUAGUGCGGGCAACAUUGUCGGCACUGGUCCUGGUGGCUCCAUCACUGAGGCUGAUCGCAUCAAGGCUCGUGCCCGCGCCCGCAUGCAAGCUCGCGCUGCUGAGCUUGCUGGUCGCCCCAUUCCUGCCGGUGUUGAUGACGACGGUCAGGCUGCUCGUCGCCUCGAGGCAGAGAACAACAACGUCAAGGCUGAACGGGAGCGCAACGAUGCUAUGACUCGGGAUGUCGAGGAGAGUGUGCGAGACUUUGCAAAGAGCCUGGAGGACAGUCUGCGUGAGCAAGGCGAGAACUCAACCCGUGAACACGAGAAGCGCCGUUGGGAAGACGCGUUGGGCGUGGAGGACACCAUUCGUGACUUCAUCUUUGAUCUUGCCCGUAGCAGUCGAACUGCUAGUGUUCGCAAAGAGGAACGCCAGCGACCUACGGCUGCCUCGCCUGUUCAGGGCCGUUCAUCUGCGGCAUCGCCAGUUGAGCCUUCUCACGUCCCCGCCUCAACUUCCUCUACUGGGUCCAUUCCGGGAGGCACGCAUGAAGACCGCGUGGCAGCAGCUCGCGAGCGUGCCCAAAAGCGUAUUGCUGAGCGUAUGGCUGCGGCGGGCCUGAAACCAAGCGACUCCACCGAGACUCUCGCACAGCGCCAGGAACGAGAAAAGCGCGAACGUGAAGAGCGGGUUAGGCGUGCAGAGGAGGAAGAUGCCAAGCGGGAGGCAGAACGACAACGACGCCUUGCCGAGGAGCGCGGUGGAACUGCACCCACGUCCACACCUGCACCAGCGGCCUCUAAGACUGCGGGCAAGAAGCCGCCCCCUGCGCCGCCCUCUCGGCGCGCCCGCACCGACAGUGCUGGUCAGGCCGACUCGAAGAAGGCCGAAGAUGUCGUCCGGGAGCAAGCCAUUAGGGAGGAGCAAGAGCUGCAAGAGGUCGAGACACAGCGUCUGGAAGAGGAAGCCAAGCAGCGCGAAGAGGAGUUCCUACCGGAGAAAGAAGCCCAGGAAGCCAAGCUCAAAGCUCUUGAAGAGCAGGUUCGUCAAGGAAAGAUCAAGAAGCAGGAAGAGAAGCGUCGCCGGGAAGAAGCUGCCCGUCAAGCAAAGGAGCAGGAGGCCAGACUUGCAGCCCAGCGGGCUGAGCUUGAGGCUGCCAAAGAACGUGAGCGGCAGCUUCAGCGUGAGCUGGAGGGUAUGGAUGAAGACUCUUCAGAUGAUGAGGGUCCCGUCCUCUCUUCUCCCCCUCCUCCCGCUCCCCCAUCCAUUCCCACCAUUGCUACCCCUGAACCCGUCGCACCAGUUGCAGCCCCCUUCUCCGAGGCUGGAAAUAUUGUGAGCCCCGAUGCUGAGUCAAAGAACCCCUACUUCAAGUCCUUGAGUCAGCCGCCGUCGGAGCCCUCGGUCACCUCGCCCCCAGCCUCUCAGUCUACCAAUCCUUUCCACCGCCUUGCUCAACAGGAGAAGCAAGAGCCUCUUAAGCCCUCUUUCACCGGCGCUGUUCCCUUGGAGCGUAAGACUCGAGCUCGGCCCGAAGACAGCGAUGACUGGUCUGCUGCUGGAUCUGAAUUUGACUCGUCUGACGACGAGGAUGAUCACCCUGGUGGUGGCAGCGCCAAGCAACUCGCCAGCAUUUUGUUCGGCACUAUGGCCCCUCCACGUCCUCUGAGCGCCAUGGACGAAGAUAAGUCUUCGACUCCGGUGCAAGCCAGUCCUAUUGCUCCUCCGCCUCCGCCUCCUCCCCCUGCCGCAACCCAGCCAUCUGCGGAAGUGGAAGACGGCUCAUCUCCGGCUCCUCCGGCUGGAAUCCCUCCUCCUCCACCUCCACCUCCUGCAGUUACUCCUGGUGUACCAUUUGGCGCACCUCCGCCGCCGCCGCCUCCUCCCCCUGUCGGCGGGGCUCCUGCAGCGCCGCCACCACCACCACCUCCCUCCUUCGGUGCCCCCCCUCCUCCCCCUCCUCCAGGCGGUGCUCCUGGAGCUCCUCCACCACCGCCUCCUGCUGCGGCGGGUGGGGCCCCCGGCGAUCGUUCGGCUCUCCUUGCUUCUAUUCAGGCGGGCAAGGGUCUCCGUAAGGUUCAGACCAAUGACCGUAGCACCAGCUCAUCAGCCGGACGGGUGCUAUGA